AGAGUGCUUUGGAGUGCGGUUGAAACCCACUCUCCGGGGUUCCCAGCCAAUGGCGGCCUCCUCCCCUUCCUCCCUCGCCCCGCCGGCGGUGCCCAUGGAGCUGCACGCCGGCAACCGCGACCGCCUCGUCGCCGCGCUCCGCGGCCACCUCUCCGCCUCCGCUCGCCCGCCACGCGGCCUCGUCCUCCUCCAGGGCGGGGAGGAGCAGACGCGGCACUGCACCGAUCACCUCGAGCUCUUCAGGCAGGAGAGCUACUUUGCCUAUCUCUUUGGAGUGCGGGAGCCAGGGUUCUACGGCGCAAUCGACAUUGCCUCUGGACAGUCAAUUUUAUUUGCUCCAAGGUUGCCAGCUGACUACGCUGUUUGGAUGGGUGAAAUAAAACCCCUGUCUUACUUCAGGGAUACAUACAAGGUCGAUAUGGUCUUCUAUGUUGAUGAGAUCACACAGGUUGUGCAAGAUCGUUUCGGGGAUCAUGGGAAGCCUCUUCUAUUCCUAUUAUAUGGAAAGAAUACUGACUCUGGGAAUUUCUCAAAGCCUACUAGUUUUGAGGGGAUGGAGAAGUUUGAUACUGAUUUAAGUACACUUCAUCCUAUUUUAACUGAAUGUCGUGUGAUCAAAUCUGACCUGGAGCUUGCCGUCAUCCAAUAUGCUAAUGAUAUUAGCUCUGAAGCUCACAUUGAGGUUAUGAGACAAGCAAGACCAGGCAUGAAGGAAUAUCAGUUAGAGAGCAUCUUCCUUCAUCAUGUUUACAUGUAUGGAGGUUGCCGGCAUUGCUCUUAUACAUGUAUAUGUGCUACUGGAGAUAAUAGUGCUGUUCUCCACUAUGGACAUGCGGCAGCUCCAAAUGACCGGACAUUGAAUGAUGGAGACAUGGCACUAAUGGACAUGGGAGCUGAAUACCAUUUCUAUGGAUCUGAUAUCACAUGCUCAUACCCUAUAAAUGGAAAGUUCAGCAGCAGUCAGAUAAUAAUCUACAAUGCUGUGCUUAAGGCUCAUAAUGAUGUCAUAUCAAACAUGCGGCCUGGAGUUAACUAUAUGGAUAUGCACAAAUUGGCAGAACGUGCAAUACUUGAAUCCCUCAGGAAAGAGCAAAUUCUCCAAGGGAAUGUUGAUGAUAUGAUGGCUCAAAGGUUAGGAGCUGUUUUCAUGCCUCAUGGUCUUGGCCACUUACUUGGGAUUGACACCCAUGAUCCAGGAGGCUACCCUGAGGGAUUAGAGAGACCAAAGGAGCCAGGACUGAACUCUUUGCGGACCACAAGAGAACUCAAAGAAGGCAUGGUUAUUACAGUGGAGCCAGGCUGCUAUUUCAUCGACACUUUGCUGACUAAAGCGAGGAAUGAUCCGAUUUCCUCAAAUUUUUUCAACUGGCAUGAGAUCAAAAAGUACAAAAGCUUUGGUGGUGUUCGCAUUGAAAGUGAUGUGUAUGUGACGGCUCAAGGAUGCCGGAACCUCACAAACUGCCCCCGAGAGACGUGGGAAAUCGAGGCCGUCAUGGCCGGCGCGCCAUGGCCUCCGCGGGCUUCCACUUCCCCAGCAGCAGCAGCAGCAGAGUCGGGUGUCUAAAGCAUCGCCUUAAUUUUCAACUUCAUUCUUCAUGGUGCCCGGCGUAGAUUCGGUGUACUCAAUAAAUAGCUUGUCACCACUGGCACGAACUUGUUUCCAGUUUGAUGAUCAAAUAACCAUGUCGUUAAGCUGGAGUAUUCUCAGAUUACAGGUAGGCUAUUCUGCUGGAGUAUCCUUUGUGCCAGUGGGAGCAGCAGCGACAAGAAGUUGAGUUCCGGAGCUAUCUCUGUAAGCCUAAAUAACAGCUGGCAAAGCUGAGGAAGCUUUGUGGAGAAAUAGAGGGGAUGAGUAACAGGAUUAGAAUUUCGGAAUUUAGCCAGCGUUGGUGCAUAUGCUGAAAUUCUGUUGCGGCGGUGGGCCUUGUGGGCUUGUUCCCCAAUUCAUUGGAACCACUACUUUGCUGGGAGUAGGGGUGGGGUAUUAAAGUGAGGAUUAUCCACACAACUGAAAAACUUAAGUGAGUAGAAUGGACUUUGUAGCUUUAAAUUAAUUAUUAUAUCACGCACGUAUUUCUCUGA